AUGGAGAAUGUAGAAAAAUGGAAAUUUGUCUACCAAAGAAGGCUGAUGUUGGAAAGAGAACUUGGCAAAAAUGCUUUUGAGUGCAAAGAAGUAAUGGGUAUGAUCCAAGAAGCUGGAUUGAUGAAAAGUGUAACUGGAUUUGACAAGUGUUAUGAAAUGCUUGUUAAAGAGUUUAUUGUGAAUAUCUCUAAGGAUUGUGAUAACAAGAUGGGUAAGAAGUUUAGAAAGGUGUAUGCAAGAGGAAGGUGUGUGAACUUCUCUCCUGAAAUCAUAAAUAGGUUUUUGGGCAAAAAUGAAGAAGAACAGGCUGAAGUGGAAGUUUCUGACAAUAUCAUUUGCAUAGAAAUUACGGUAAAACAAAUAAAGGAAUGGCCUAGAAAAGGAAAGCUGUCAGCAGUUUGCUUAAGUGUGAAGUAUGCAAUACUUCAAAGAAUUGGAGCUGCUAAUUGGGUGCCAACUAAUCACACUUCCAACAUUACUACAGGAUUGAGUAAGUUUAUUUAUAUUGUAGGGACCAAAACAAAUUUUGACUUUGGAUCCUAUUUCUUUGAACAAACAAUGAAACAUGUUACCUCAUUCGUUGUGAAAAUGCCUAUAGCCUUUCCUUCACUAAUUUAUGAUGUUAUACUGAGUAAACACCCAAGUAUUUUGCUCAGUUCUGAUAGUGUUUGCCAAAGAAAUUCCCCUCUUUUAUUACAUUAUAGGUUGUUUAUUGGGAAACACGUUCCAGAUAGUGUCAUUACAUCUGGAGAGAAACCCAUUAGGUUCACUACUAAGACUAGAAUCCUUGUUGAACUAAAAGAAACCUGCAAAACCUUGGAUGACACUAUUAAAUUAUGUAUUGAAAGGAAGAGCAUGCUUGAGAUUUUGAUAAAGGCCCUGUCUGAAGAAGGGGAUGAGGGAAAUGUGGAAGGUGAUAAUGUGGAUGGAGAAGAUUCUAAAGAAUAA